CAAGCCGAGGAUCCCAUUAAGUAUUACUACGAAGAGUUGUCCAAAAUAAUUGUUGAUGAUAUUAAGAGAACAGCCAAAGAGUGGGAUAAUACGGAUCCCAUUAUAACUGUCGACGACUUUAAGGCGUAUCAACCGAUUAUCACUGAAGCAGUUCUCGCGACGUUCACCGUCACCAACAAAGAAGAGAACAUUACUCUCCAUUCAUUUCCAUUGCCCGGAAGUGGUGAUAUAUUGGGAUUCAUAAUGAAUGUGAUGCAAAGGUUUCCCGAUAUGUAUCCAAAAGCAUCGGAUUUUGUGGACAAAUCCGCACUUUUCUAUCACCGACUGAUAGAGACCUAUAAGUAUGCGUUCGCCAAACGAUCGCAUUUAGAGGACAGCGAGACUGAGAAAGUGAAGGAUGUGCUCAACAAACUCAGAUCCAAUGCAUUCGCAGACAAAGUCAUGCAAACCAUCGAUGACUCGAAGACUUUUCCCAGUGAUUCCGAUCAUUACGAUAAGACACCGGUAUUUAUGUCUGAAGAUCACGGAACAGCUCACGCAUCAGUGGUCGACUCGUUUGGCAACGCAGUGGCCGUCACCACAACUGUUAACUCAUAUUUUGGUUCAAAAGUGUUGUCUUCGACGACAGGAAUCUUAUUGAACAACCAAAUGGAUGACUUCAAUACUCUGGCGACCAAUGAUUUUGGUAUCCGAGCAUCCGAUUCAAACUUUGUAACACCGGGUCGACGACCCCUCUCAUCCAUGUGUCCCACAGUAUUCACAGACAAUAAUGGCUUACGACUUGUCAUCGGAGGAAGCGGUGGACCAAAGAUAACGACAGCCGUGGCCUCCGUCUCGAUGAGGAACUUAUGGUUCGGCGAAACGAUUAAAGAGGCGAUCGAUGGGCCGCGAGUUCACCACCAGUUGUUUGCCGACCAAAUAGUAUACGAGAAAACUUUUCCGCAACACGUGUUGACGCGUUUGGAGAAUAAGAGACAUUCGCUGAAGAGGUUGGCCGACGGCGACAGAGGGGCUAUCAUUAUGGCCAUCAGCCGUGAAAACGGCAAACUAUACGCCAAUUCUGACUAUAGAAAAGGCGGAACAGUUGACGGACUCUAACCACUGGUUGUCGUAGAUGUAGUUAUUUGUGUUAAGUAUUGUUAUUCUGUUAAUUUAGUUCAAAGCGAUUGUUAAUUGUUAG